UAAUAAUCUCCGAUCUCCAAAAAGUCUUUCUUCAUAUCUGCUUUGUCUGUCCAAUAAUUUAAAGAAAGCUGCAAUUUUUUCAUCCCUUUCUUAAUUGUCACCAUUACACCACUUCAAAUAAACACAACCCAUUACUCUUAUUAUUGGAUCCAUCCCGAAGAGAGAGAGAGAGAGAGAGAGAGAUUAAUUAGACACGUGAAGUUUUCUUUAAGUUAAAGAAUAUAUGGGUAAAGUUUUGGGAACAGUCAUCGGAGGUGAGGAAGAAGAAGAGUAGCGCCGGCGGACGGACUUAUGGAUUGUGGGUCUUGCCGAUUCCACUCCGGGAACAAAUGGCUGGCUUCUUUUCACUAGGUGGAGGAAGAGGGAGAGACGCCGGUGGUGAUCACAGCAACGCCGCCGGGCAACCACAGAGCAGCGGGAAUAACAACCGCCACAGCGCCGCCGCCGCGCAUAUCAGCCCGGAGAGUUGGUUCCUGCUCCGGAAUGAUCAGGAUAUACCUCCGGCGUACAAGGGAUUCGAGCUAUGGCAAGAUCAGCCCUCCAUCCGCCACCACCAGCACCAGCACCAAAUCUCCCACCUCCAGGAUCUGUACUCCUCCGCCGCGGCCGCCGCCGGCCUGAGCCGGAACGCGGGCGGAGUACUCAACGCCUCCACCUCCGCGGUGCCCGCCGCGGAAGAGACAUCCAGAUCGGCCGCGGCGCUUGUCAUGAUGAGCGGCUCCGGCGGGAUCAGCUGCCAGGACUGCGGCAACCAGGCCAAGAAAGACUGCUCGCACAUGCGCUGCCGCACUUGCUGCCGGAGCCGGGGUUUCCAGUGCAACACCCACGUGAAAAGCACGUGGGUCCCGGCGGCAAAGCGCCGGGAACGGCAGCUCCUAAACCAGCAACAUCAACAGCUCUCCUCCUCCUCCACCGCCUCGCAGAGCCAGGACACCCUCCAGCUCCGCGGCGGCGGAACCGGCCGAGAAACACCCAAAAGGCAUAGAGACGAUCCCAACGCUUCCUCCCGUUUGCCCUCCGCCAUUUCCGGGCUAGAAAUGGGGAAUUUUCCGGCGAAAGUGAGCCUAAACGCGGCGUUCCACUGCGUCCGGAUGAGGUCGAUCGACGACUCGGAGGACCAAUGCGCCUACCGAGCCGCGGUGAACAUCGGGGGCCAUGUUUUCAAGGGAAUCCUAUACGACCAAGGGCCCGAGAGCCGGUACAUGGCGGCGGGGGAGAGCUCGUCUGGAGGCAGUGCGGGCGGGGCCCACACUGCACAACAGAAUUUGCUGUCCUCAGGUGGUGGUGGGUGUACAGCAGCCACCGCCACCUCAGGCAGCGCCAGCGGAGGAGGAGAGGGACACGCGCCGUUGUACGACCCGUCGCUGUUCUCCUCGUCGGCCCCACUUUGCAGUUUCAUGGCUGGUACGCAAUUCUUCCCACCUCCAAGAUCUUGAUGAUGAUGACUGUCAUUGCCAAUGUUCUUGUUUGGUCAUCAUCCGAUCUUACAUUCUUUAUUAUCCCAACACAUAUAUGUGAAUUUAUUGUUAGGGCUUUGGUGGUCUCUUGAGGGGUUUCUUUCAAUUAUAUGUUUUAAAUGUUACUUCAUAUUUAUAGCUCAAAAAUGUUAUUGUUAUUUUUAUUUCUCUGUGAUAUAUACAGUUGCAUAUAAACUGUUCUUGUACCC